CCCUGGAUAUAGUUUUCCUCACUCUUCACAUUUUUCCCAUAAAGUAAAACCAUACAUCUGGAAUCAAACCAAGGCACAUUCCCAGAAGGAGGUGCGUCUCAGGUUGCGGUGCAUGUGCGUUAUGUUAUAGUGUGAGCACAUGGUGAGCCGAUGGGCCAGAGUUGAUUUUAUAAACCCAACCCACCACUUGGCCACAGCUGCCUUUUACUCUCCCUCUCCUUCAGAUCUUUGCUCAUUCGCUCUGAGCUCUGACUGAACAGAGUGCAAAUAGCGUGCAGCCAGAAACAAGGGGAGACACGACACGUGCAAACAGAGAAGAGUGGCUGGAUUUACCCAAGGUGAACUGAACACUAAACUUUUGGAUUUCCAGUAGGCAAAAAGCUGUGAGCUGGUCACAGAUAAAGCUGAGAGGAAAGAAUACAAUAUAUAUACCCAGAGGAGACUGACAACUGACCUGAGUGCAGCCGGACAGGUUGAGGUGGAUGAGAUUGUGGCAGCCCUUUCCUGUGUUCAGCUCUUCUUACUGAAAAGACAAUCCCUGCAGGGCUCAGGAUGCGUGUAACCUCAUCUCUCCUCUUUGCCUCCCUGCUCCUCCUGCUGCUCCCAUCCACCGAGAUGAAAAGACCGGGCAGGGGCAGAGGCCUCAGAGGAGUAAGAAACAAACUCACACGGGACAGGGUAAGAGGUGUUGGGCGUCACAGCAGAUCGCGUCCCUCCAGACUUGUAGCACCUGACUGUUCAGAGUCAACAGAAUCUGGAGAGUUCUUUGUGGACUGUCAAGACCAACGCCUCAACUCCAUUCCUGCUUCACAGAACUGGUCCAAACAACCCAAACACCUCCUUUUAGCCCGAAACAGGAUCAAAGUCCUCCAUGAUGGGGCCUUCUUUGGUUAUGAGAGUUUAACCAGUCUGGACCUGCAGCAGAACAAGAUCUCCUUGGUAGAGGAGGGGGCCUUCCAGGGUCUGACACGUCUUACAACCCUGCUGCUACAGCACAACCACCUGGGAACACUUAGUGAGGAGGUCCUCAUCCCUAUGCCAAACCUACGCUAUCUACGUCUCUAUGAUAAUCCCUGGAAUUGUCUCUGCCCAAUGGAUAGUCUCAUACGCACCCUUCAGGUCCCAAGCAACCGUAACCUCGGAAAACAUGCCAGGUGUGCAGAGCCCAUCAAGCUAAAAGGCAUGAAGCUGAAGCAGGUUAACCCAGAGUUACUCUGUAAGGAGACGGACGCAAUAGGCGACCCACAGGGCGACCAAACGGUUCCCAUAGACCCUGUACAGCCCGUUCCAAUUCGCUCCAAACCAGAUGCCACCACAUCCUGCCACACCUACCUUUUCCCCCAAAUACGCAUGGACUGCAGUGGCCGAGGUCUGACCGAGGUGCCUACAGGCAUUCCAGAGGAUGUUGUUCACAUAGAUCUGUCCCAUAAUUCAAUCAGUCACCUCAGAGCCAGAGACUUCCACGGAGCGAGGAGCCUGAGAACGCUUAAUCUCAGUAAUAACAAUAUGGAGCACGUUGAGACAGCUUCCCUAUCUGGGCUCCUGCACCUCCAUGAGCUGGAUCUGUCUGACAACGGCCUGCAUUUUGUUCAGUACGGGGUUCUCGAAGACCUUUACUUCCUGUCGCAGCUGAAGCUGGGAGGAAACCCCUGGGUGUGUGACUACAGCAUCCACUACAUGGUGUACUGGCUGCGUCUGCACCCCAGAGUGAGGCACUCUGGCCUGCUGUGUCACUCCCCUCCUGAACAUAAUGGUGAGAGAGUGCAGGAGUAUGUGGAUUCCUACAACAGAGAGUGUCCUAAGGACAGACAGCACAGCAGAACAGAUCAAGAUGAAACGGACCCUGAGCUUUGGAACACCCCUCUGGAAGUGCAGGGAGAGCUGGAGGAGGAGCUGGAGCCAAGCCACUUGAGAGGGCCACAGAAAUACCAGAUCAUCAGACUGUCCUGACUCAAGUGAAAACAUGACCUAAAAUCUAAUUUCUUUCAAUUCCCUUCUUUCAUUUCCUUUCAGUAUUGUAAAACAGUCUGUAUCAGAUGGUGAAAAUACCUUUGUCAGUGUUGCUUUUAUGUUUUGUCAGUUUUGUUUAAUAAAAAGAUAGGAAUGAUCAAC